AUGCGAAUCGACAAAACAUCGAAGAAGAUCGUCGCACAAGUGUACCCAACAACACCAAGUAUCAAACGUAAUUCUGGUCUUGAAACUGCCAAUUUGCCGGAUAAUCCCUGCGAUUUUGGCGCCUUCUCAGCAAUGUCGCAACUGUAUCUUCUUGGUCUUGAUGAUUCUCGAGGAAAACCCCUUAUUAGCGUUUGUGCGGGAGCAGCACACACUCUUGCUUCCACAGCGUUGCUCUGCCGCCAGCAGUCAUUAGAUGAGCCUGCCACAAGAGCGCUGGAAAAAGUUGCAUCUGGGCCGCUUCUAAGAGGCAUUUCGCUACAACGACAAAACAGUACAGAUCCGUCAGAAAAACGAAGAAAUGAAGAAAGCAGUAGCAACAUAAAGUUGCAGAAGAAAGCAAUAAAGACGAAUAUGAUUAGUAUGUUCGGUGCCCUUCUUGCUACGGAACAGAACGAUACAGAAGCUUUAAAAGUUGUUUUAAAUAAAAAUCAAAUUGACGUAAACUGUCCUAUCACUACGGGAAAUUAUGACAAAUAUGCGACCAAUUGGCACCUUCUGGACGUCGCUGUCAAUCUUAAUUAUCCCAAGACCGUUGCUCUUUUGCAGAAAAACAAUGCAACUGAAAAUCUGCACAUGAACACCUUGGAAAAACGAAAGAAGGCUGUCAGUGAAGCGCUUCAAUACACUGACCAGGAAUUACACGAACUCAAGAAAAAUACCCACACAAAAGAAAAUGAUAAACAUAUUCAAGUUUUGCUAGCUCACCAGGAGAUUCUACUAAGAAUGAAAACCAAUUUGGAUACUGUUGUCAAACCCAAUCCACCUCUUUUUGCAAAAGCAGAGACAAUUUCGAAAUCCCGAGUCAAGAUUUAUAUAUCGCACUCGGAAGAGCCAGAAGACAUCGUUCUCAAAUUCAAAGUCGAAUGGUCCGUAUAUGAGAAUUUCGAUAAGAUAUUCGGGGAAUAUAUAGAGCCAAAGACUUCUACAGACGUAAUCACUGUGAACGGCUUGGAAUCUGGAAUGUCAUUAUACUUUCAAGUCAUAGCAAUUGGAAUCAAUGCGGAAUCAGAUCCGUUAAUUUGCUCACCAGGAAAACUCGAAAUUUCUAGUUGGGAGGAUGGCGAAUCGAAACGAGACAGCUGGGACAAUCGCAUCGAAGAUAUUGAAAAACUGACUGAUGAUGUUGAGAAGCAUCGCCAAAGUUUGGUCUGGCAAAGAGUUUUUCCUUCGGUCGAGAAUGUUGCGAAAAGAAAGAAAAAUGGAUUGAAAGACUUGUUCACAGCAAGCUCAAAAUUUUCAAAGCAUGCUACACGAGGAGUAUUUUUGGCAAGCUUGGUGUAUACUGAGGGCAAAGUUUUGUGUACUGUGGAUGAUUGCCUUCCAAUAAUUCUUAUUGAUGAGAAUGUGACGACUGUGUCAAAAGAUGACCACCACUGGCUCAUGAAAAUGUCAAUGUGUUGGGAACAAGUAAAUGGCUUAAUGGACACUAAUCCAAAUGCUUAUUCCAACAAUAUUUCUUUGAGUUUUCGCACAAAAUUAAUCAAUGCUGCUAUUGCCAUGCAACAUGCGUUGGGAAUUCGCAAAAUUGGUCAUGUUCAUUUCUUACCAAUUACGCACGAAAAUUGUAUUUUUUUACUAACGGUCCGCUUUAUCGAAUCCAUGUCUCAAGUUCAAUGCUUAACGCUUCGUUGGCUUUCAUUUGACAAAUUGCUUCGCAAAAGAAUGCCAACACCAGCAAUUGAUGCGCUUACGCGAGAGACCGUCAAUAUAUUGAACUUCUUCGAAAGUAGUCAAAUCCCACUCAAAAGAGGACUUUAUCUCUGUUAUUUGAAACUUCAUUCAUCUAUUAACUCAAUUCGAGUGGUGGUUCCGGACAAUUUGCCAUCCAUGCUCCCGUUUGUCCAUGUUAGAGACAAUCCACAUGUAACGAAAGAGGAGUGGCAAUGGAUAAAAUCAACUGAUUUAAACGAAGACUUUAUGGCAACGCAGUCACAAGUAUCUCUGCAUUCAAUGUUAUCUACAGCCAUCUCAACACUACUUCAUGAUCUGGACAUCGACAAUGAUCUUGUUCCGGGGCAUCGAUUAUACCACGCAGAAAUUAUUCAACCAGAUGAGAAUGUGUCUAUUGUAUUGAUUCUUCCUCGUUCUGAUGACGUAUGCACCGCACCUUCUGGCUCGACAAAACAUACAGACCACUCAGAACAACGACGCGGGUGUAGUAGCAUUCCCAUUCCCGUUUUCGAAAUGAUUCAUCUUUGCACUUAUCAAUCACAAUUUUUGACGCUUUAUUGCCGACUCUCAAUAUUCCUUGAGCAUUUCAUAAUGAUUUCGCAAUUUGAACAACGAAAAUGUCUUCUUGAGCAUGACUUGAAAGUCUAUCGCCAUCAGGUAGAAGUUCUAAAUGAUUUCCAAAAACGACUCGAUGAAAUAUGGCAACGUGCACGGUGGAUUAGCAGAGUCGCAUCAGAAGCACGUGAUAAACACAUCAUAGUUUCGAAAAAUGCAGUUCCAUUAGGAAGACUCAUGGCUCCAUUAUUCAAUACAUUUGAUGAUGAAGAUUACUCAAAGUUUGGAAUUGAAAAUGAAGUUAAUAAUCUUGCCUUAAACCGUUGGCACAUUAAUCGACCACGUUCUCUACUCAGCUCACCACAAGAAAGCUAUCGAGAUAUUGACAAUAUGUAUCGUCGGCGGAAAAUUUCAGUUGAUGGGACUUGUAUUCCAUGUUCAAGCAAUUCUGAUCGAAGCUUGAUUCCGGAUAGGCCAUCAAUUCGUGAAGAUCAGAAAACAAGAGGAAUUAUUCACGUAACCGUGGCAUAUGAUUGCAAACUUUCAAAAAACACAAAAAUUGCCCUUUCCAUUUCAGGAAACACUACAGCGAAAGAAGUGGUCAGCUUAGUCCUUGAGCAGGUCGCAAAAUCGACAACCGCAUUGGAGCAAGAAAUUUCGCUUCCCGAUCCUUCAGACUACUGUCUGGUGUCCGUCAAUGGCCAAAGAGAGAGAAGACUCAAAUCUGAAACAGCCCUUCUCAAAAUUCAGCCAACAUGGGCAAAAGGAAACUUCCUAGUUCGUCGGAAAGAUGACUUCCUUUCUAACAACGACUGUGGCAACGAGUCGUUGGUUUGA